GCAAAGGAAAGAAUGUCUCGUAGGGUAUGUUCAUAAUCAGCGGAAAAUGUACACCAUGUACGCCAUAUGUUAGAUACAGAUUUUUGCAUUGCAAGGGAUGAAAUCCACAUAAAAAUGAGUAUCUUUUGGGGAUGCUGUGCAGCUGAUAACUCAUGGCGUGACCUGCAAACGGGAUCCCUUGCCAGAUCUGUCUUCAGCUUCAAUGAGAUGGAGAUAUUUAUAGAGUGUUAGAAUCUAGUCUGGAAAAUCUUGGGUGAUAUCACUUAUAGAAGUCAGUCCACAAGUGUCUUAGAUAAAAGGGAGAAGCACGACCACCAUAUCUACAUAUGGAUUUAUAUAGAAUGCUGUGUCACAGAUUUUGGAGAGAGAUGUCGGUCUCGGACAACAUAAACCUGAUGAUAACUGAGCUGUAAGGUCUUAUAUAUGACAAGAGGGGUGUGUAGUUACAAGUUCAGGUCAUGAAGAAUGAAUCUGACCUAACAAAAGGAAGGUGGCAUGGGUCUAUAGGGUAUGUUCACACUACGGAAUUCCACAAUCGGAAUUACACGUUGUUGUGACGGACUGUCUCUGCCAAAAGUGUCUUCUCCUUCCGGAUGACAAGCCCCAGCAUAUCCCAGGCAAUAUCCCCAGGCAGAACUAGAGAUUAUUGCAUCCUUGUACCCAAAGAACCAGGCAACACCAGUCUUCAGCAAACUGCUGACUGGAAUAAGUAUGAUGAACGGUUGAUGAGAGCAGCGGAGAGGGGAGAUGUAGAGAAAAUUUCUUCAACUCUUGCCAAGAAGGGUGUCAACCCCAGCAAGCUAGACUUGGAAGGACGCUCAGCGUUUCACAUUGUUGCAUCGAAGGGUCACCUAGAGUGUCUGAAUGGCAUCCUCUUACAUGGGGUCGAUCUCACAGCCCCUGAUGCAGCUGGACGAAAUGCAUUGCAUCUAUCUGCAAAGUAUGGACACUCCCUUUGUCUACAGAAGCUUCUGCAGUUUAACUGUCCAACCGAGAAUGUGGAUUUGCAAGGCAGGACAGCACUGCAUGAUGCAGCCAUGUCAGAUUGCUGUUCCAGUGUGCAGCUUCUGUGCGAUCAUGGGGCUUCAGUAAAUUCUAAAGACUUGGAUGGUAGGACGCCGCUUGCACUGGCUACACAGAUGUGCCGCCCAGCAAUUUGUCAACUACUUAUAGAAAAAGGAGCAGAAGUUAAUGCCCGGGACAAGCAGAAUAAGACUCCGCUCAUGCUGGGUUGUGAGUACGGAUGCCGAGAAGCUGUGGAAGUCUUGCUGAGAGCAGGGGCAGAUGUUACACUGGUUGACUCUAUGGGACAUGACUGCGCCUAUUAUAGCAGAAUUGGAGAUAACCUCGAGAUCUUGUCUCUCAUCAGGACUGCAGUGGAGAGCUCCCCAAGAGGGCCAGAACCUGUAAGGAGCAUGGUGUCUUUACGUGCUAAAUGGGCAAAGUAUAACUCAAAAGAAGACACCCCAGCAAAGUCAAAAGAACAGUCCCAGGACUUGGAAACUGAGAAUGAAGAUCUACGGGAUAAACUGAAAAAAAUACAGUAUGAUCAUAAAACGCUGCUCGAUAAAGUUGGAGGCUUAAAGCAUCAGCUCAGCCAGGAGCAGAUGAUAACAGAUGACUUAGAGAAUGAGAAAGAGGAGCUGAAAUCUCUGUUGGAAGGAAGAGAAAAAGAACUUGAGGAGAGUCUGAGAACUAUGGAAAAUCUGCGAGGGAAACUGAGAUAUUAUGAGAAAAAUCAGUCGUCCCCUAGCAGCCCUUUCAGCAAUGGUAAAGAAGACAUAGUUAUAAAGCAAAAUCUUGUUCUUAAUGCUGAUCCGCAGCUUGCAGCUCACCUACCGGCCAAGUCUCAGUUGCGACCUCUGGAACUUCCUGGGGAAAGCGCUGACCACCGGCAGGAACAAGAAACCAUCCGCAGAUACUAUGAAAUGGCAAGAGAGGAGACGGCGAGACUGCAGCAGGAGUUAUCAAGGAGAUCUUCUGAGUGUGUAGCUCUGGCAUCCGAGAGGGAUCGGAGUAAAGCAGAGUCAGACAAGCAGAUCCGUCAGUUAGAAGAAGCACUGCGCGAUGUCCAGAAGCGCAUGUUGGAUUCUGAAAGUAAAGUGAAGCAGAUGCAAACACAUUUUCUUGCACUGAAAGAUCACCUAACUCAAGAAGCGUUGAGUGGCAACUCUCGUGCAGAGGAAUUGCAGGAGCAGCUGCGAGAGAUAAAAAGCAAGUAUGAAGGCGCAUCUGCUGAAGUUGGAAAACUACGCAACCAACUGCGUCACAAUGAGCUUCUGGUGCAGGAGCUGCGCAGAGAAGAUGCACGCUUGCGUAAAGAGAGCCGUCGCCUACAGGAUGAGCUGGCUUUGUGUGAGGAAGAAAAGGAGCAUGCUCAACGAAGGUCACAGGAGGCUGGAGAGCAGCUAGCUCUUGCUGUCACAACAGAAAAAUUUGAGAACAUGAGAUGUCUCCUGACAAAUGAGGUAAAUGAGAAGUCACGGAGCUUGGAAGAAACUAAGCAGGAACUGAGCAAGGUUAGGGAUGAGCUUGAAAGUUCAAAUAGAGAUAAGAAGAGGUUAGAAGCAAAAUGGGACAUGCUCAAAAAAGAGUCAGAUGAGUUGAAAGUAAAGUAUAGUAUGCUUAGUCGGGAAAGUGAAAAGCUGCAGACAGAGAAAGUUCUGCUGCAAAGGCAAAUUGAAGAGCUAAAAGGAGACAUGAGAAGUCAACAUGUCCCAGUACAACUGCAUGCAGAGACAAAGAGAGCCUGCGAGGAAACAAUCGCUCUACUGAGUCAGAAAUUAGUGGAGUCGGAGGCAAGUCACAGGAAGGCGGAAGAAGAACAAGGGCGGCUUCUGGAGGAGAGGAAGACAUUGAAGGAGGGUAUGAUGCUUCUCCAGUCAUCCACUACUCCCCGAGAAGAGCAUGAGAAAACUAUGAAGGAUAUGCAGCUAAGGAUCAGAGAACUGGAGAAACAACUAGCGGAAGUCUCUAAGAAAUGGGAGGAAGAGGCAAAAAAAGCUAAUUCUCUCCUGUCCGAGAAUGCUAAUCUAAGAGAAAACCACAUACCCCUGACUACACAUCUGCAGACUUCUGCAUCACUGACUGCUGAGUUAGAGAGAUCUAAAGCUGAGGUUACCAUGGUCAGGAAACAGCUGGGAAAUGAGACAAAAGAGAUGGCAAAGGUUCAGGCAGAGCUGGAGAAACUUGUUGCUACGCAAACAUCACUGCAAGCACAGCUAGAGAGUGAGUCUACACUUAAGUCUGACUUGCAGAAACAGCUGAAGAAUGAGGUUGCCAAGCAAGCUGAAAUGCAUGAAAAGAUUAAAUGUGAGAUGGCAAAAAAUGCAGAGUUGCGUGAUCAGGCAACCAAAGAGGCAGCUACACGAGUAGAACUGCAGACACAACUGCACAGUGUGAAAACACAGCUGGGUUCUGAUUAUGUGACGCAAAAAGAACAUGAGGAGAAAUUGUCAGAGCUACAGAAGUGCAAAGAACAGUUUGAGCAAGACUAUCUACAAGCAUAUUCCAGCUACCAGAGUGAAAAAGAGGAGGUGAGGAGGCUACAGCUAGCUCUGGAAGAACAGAGGGCAGAACUGGACAUGUUGCAGCACUGCAUUACUGAAAAAUAUGCCCCUCUUACCAGCAUUGAGGAGAAGGAGAAAAACUUCCAAGCAAUAAGAAAUGAGAUGCAGUCUGAGUUGCAGAAACAACAACGUAUAACAAAGACAGCACAAGAUGAUCUUGCCAAACAGCAACAAGAAACCUUAAAUCUUAAGCAAGAACUGGAGAUUGCCAAACAUAGCCUUGCUGAAGAGCGUAUGUCACGUAAACAAGAAGAGAGUGCAAUGAUUAUCGAGUUGGAGGAACUAAGACGCUGCUUAGAGCAGUUACAGAAGUCCCAGAUAGACUCCAAAGAGAAGAAUCAGGAGUUGCAAGAACAGAACCUUCAGGCCACAAUGAAACUCAAGGAAAUGCAGGAAAGUCUCAGCAUUCAAUACAUUCCUUUAGGGAAAUACAAUGCGUUGCAAACCACGCUGAAGAACACCAAAGCAACUCUAGAGGCCGAGCUUAAAGCCAAAGCUAACUUGUAUGAGAAAAUGCAGGAGAAAGUCCACAACCUAGAACAAGAACUGGAGAUCCAGAAAGCUGGUAUUGUCUCAAGCACCAAGCAUGCCGAGGAAAAGGAGGUCUGGCAGAGGCGCGCUGCAGCAGCAGAACAGAAAAUAGGGGAGAAAGAGGAGAAAUUGCAGAUGGCUGAGAAGGAAAUAAAUAGUCUCCGUGAGGAAUUGAAGAAGACUCGUCAAAAUCUGGAUGAGCUGGAGCGUUACAGCAAUAGGGAGAAAUCUGAUUUUGGUGUAGCCAGGACUGCUUUAGAACAAAGAGUGACUCAGCUUGAGGAGACCAGCAGCAGGUUCAGAGAGGACAGCAAACGGGCAGCUCAGGACCUGCAGGAAGCGCUACGGCAGAGCGAGAAAUUAAGGCAAAAGAGCAGCAGUCAAGAACAAGAGAUCAGUAAACUCAUAGAGAGGCACAAACAGUCACUGUCUACUAUUGAGGGACUGAAGGAGAGUAUCCAAAGAUCAGCAGCAGAUCUGGAAAGCAAGGAUAAGCAGAUCCGAUCUCUUCUUAAUGAUGUGGACAGACUGAAGCAGAGCUUGUCCCUGCUCCCUGAGAAGAUUCAGUCUGAGGAGGCCCUGCAGAAUCAAAUAAAAACUCUACAGUGCCAGUUAGAUGACGCACAUCGGAGACACCAGGAAAUAGUUUCUAUCUAUCGUGCACAUCUUCUGAAUGCUGUACAGGGUCAUAUGGAUGCAGAUGUACAAGAUGCAUUACUACAGAUCAUACACAUGCGACAAGAACUUGUCUGCUGAUAUCUUGUCAAGAAAUGGUCUAUAAAUUGGUGGGGUAGUGGGUAGCUAAGUUUUUGCAGGAGGCAGAAUCCACAUUUAUACAUUAUAAUAAUGGUGGAAAUAAAUAAACACACCCUACACACACUCUGCUUAGAAAGAGUGGCAUGUGCUAGUCACUUGAAAGAUAAUGAAUGUAAUAACAGAAAUAUGGAUAAAAUAAGAAUGUGAGGGGAAAGAAGGUGAACUUCAGAUUUUCAGAGGGUAAUGGCAAUGUUGGUUGUGAUGGAACAGGAAAGUGGUCAACUAAAGUGGGUUGAAGAUGAAAUACUGUGAAUGAUGGCCAUAAAGGAUGACAAGCGUGGAAUACAUGGAAGUUAUGUUGAAAGCUUAAGAAAAAAGAUGCAAGAUUAACUGGACUUGGAUUAUGUCAACUGUGGACACUGACAUUGUACUAUGCUGGAUAGAGAUGAAAUGGAAAAUUACAAGACAAUGUGACUAGUUUUAUGCAGAAGGAAAUUUCUAUGUAUAGGCAGUGACUUAAACAAGUAUUUGGGACCUGUGAAGUUUAAAAAUGGAGGUUCCCACUGAAAGGCCGCAGAAAAUCCCACUUUUUAAUUGUUUUUGAAAGGGCAUGUCUUGCUUUGAACACCACCUUAGAUAUAAUUUUACAUGAAGCAUGAAUAGAGAUGAGCGAACUUACAGUAAAUUCGAUUCGUCACGAACUUCUCGGCUCGGCAGUUGAGGGC